CCUUUCACUUCACAUCUCACAAAUCUUCAAUAUGAAUGAAUGAAAGAAGAAAUGCUGGAAGUUUAUAAAAUGUAUAGGCCUUGGCAAUGAAAUCUUCACUUCGUUUCAAACCGUCCGAUCGUAAAGUUGUAAAAUAGUAUUUCCAUUCUUUUAUUUCUGUUUGUUUCUGCACAUUUCAUUUUUAUUAUUAAUUUUAUUAUUCGCACGAAAAUCUCGCGGUCAUUUGAUUUUCAUCAUUCGUUGAUUCAACAGCUAUUAAGGAGUCAUAAAGAACCUCCUCAACAAAUUUCUCGUGUGGUUCAUUAAUUAAAAUAAAAUCGUGGCAAUCAAAUUAAGCAGGAAGAAGAAAGAAAAGUUUUUUUAAGUGCAAAAAAGAAUUAAAAAUCAGCAAAGUGUGGAACAAGCGAGCGUAAAGCUGUAUUUUGUGCUCGAUAUUAACGACUCAUGAAUUAAAAAAAAUCAGCAACUGUGUGGUACGAGAAAAACCUUUGUGCAUUACAAAAAAGAAUCAAUUGAGUUGAAAAAUAAUAAUUUUUUGAUAAGUGAACGAACCAGAAAAAAAGAAAAGAUUUUUUAAUUCUCAAACGGAUGCAUUUUUAAAAGACUUCUCACGACUCUUUAGACACAUUGCAUAUUGAGGAGUCAACGACAAUUGUUAUGAAUUAAAUUCAAUUGAAUUGGAUGCAAAAAAAAAGAAAUAAAGAAAGAAAAGUAGGAAGUCAAAUAUAAAAGGAGAACGAAGUGGAAUUAAAAAAUAUUUUUGCAAUACAAUAGAAUUAGAAAAGAAGAAGGAAAAGAAAUAAAAUUCUUGCCCUAAGUGAUCUCAAUAAAUUAAAAACCAUCACAAUAAUUUAGUGCACUCAAUUCAAUAAUUCAGUAAAAAGGAAGAAGAGAAAGCAGAACAGAAUCAUCAUGUUAAAAUUUAUCAUCAUUUCAACAUUUUUAUUGCUGCAAUUUGUUUAUGCUCUUGAUUCAAACCCGACAGUCAUAGAAGGAAGUCAAAAUGCUAAUAGGGAAAUGAAAGCUAUAUCAUCAAACUGUCCACGAUUAUGUCCACCAGCAGAGGAUCAAGAACCCGUAUGUGGUACAGACGGAAUUAUUUAUGCAAAUUCUUGUGAAUUGAAAAAGAAAACAUGUACGAAAGGAAAUAUAAAUGCGAUUAAAGAAGAUCCAGAGGGCUGUGAGCGUUCAAAAGGAUCACAAUGCAAUCACAAAUGUCCAUCGGAAAAAGAUUUAGUGUGCGGUACAGACAGUAGAACUUAUUUAAAUCGUUGCAUGUUGGCUGUUCAAGCAUGUAGAGUAGGAAAAGCAGCUGUAUCGUUAGCACACAUGGGCUCAUGCUUAAACGGUUCAGUUAUUCGUGAGUCUUGCCCCGUCGAUUGUAACAGCGCUCCCCAAGAUGGGCCAGUUUGUGCAUCAGAUGGAAAUGUAUACAACUCAACAUGUCAAAUGAAAUUGAUCACGUGUGGGCAAGGUGUUGUAAGAACAAGCAGAAAACAUUGUCAAAGUACAAGAAAUUGUCGAGAGUCAUGUUGGAGAGUUGCUCGUCCAACGUGUGGUUCAGAUGGUAGAUUAUAUGCUAGUCCCUGUAAAAUGCGAUCAUCAAAUUGCGGCAAGCAUGUUUUUGAGGUGCCAAUUUCCUUCUGUAUGUCACAACAAGAGAGAACUGGAAGCUUCAGUAGUUAUUAUCAAGGUGAUUGUCCUAAAGCAUGCGACGGAAUUGAAGAAAAGUACGUCUGUGGCAGUGACGGAAGCGUCUACACUUCAGAGUGUGAACUCAAAAUGCUUAAUUGCGGAAGUCAAAAGAAAAAUAUUCAAGUAGUUCCGAUCGAGAAAUGUCAAAAGAAAAUGGACAGGUGUAAGAAGAACACAGAAAUCGCAUGCAAGAGUCAAAAGAAGCAGAAUUCAUUCUUUGGAAAAGAAGAUACAAUUUGCGGAACUGACUCCAAAACAUAUGCCAAUGAAUGUGAAUUACAAAAGGCUACAUGUUUGCGAGGUGUUCAGAUGGCACAUAUUGGAAGUUGUUCGAAAUUAAGCAACGAGCAUGCAUGUGAGGCAUGUACAGAUGAUGAUUAUGAAUUGCAACCGAUUUGUGCAUCGAAUGGUCAAGUCUAUCAGAAUAAAUGCGAGAUGAAGCAGCAAACUUGUGGGCUUCAUGUUGUACCUGUAUCAUUACAAAACUGCCCAAAGACUCAAUUCUGCGAUGUCGAUUGUGACUCAUUGAACGGUCAACAACCAAGUUACAUUUGUGGUUCUGACAAUAAGCUAUACAAGUCUGAGUGUCAUAUGAGAAAAGAGAAUUGUGGAAAGCAUGUAUUCAUUGUGCCAAUUAAGAGAUGUCUCACAGCAUUCACAUUCAAAGGUUGUGCAACAAUCUGCCCACAAGAAUAUGAUCCUGUAUGUGGAACCGAUGGUAAAACAUAUUCAAAUGAAUGCUUUCUUUCCAUUGAGAGAUGCCGAACGAAAAAUAAUAUUAUGAAAAAAUAUAUGGGACCUUGUGGAAGGCCUGAAAAACAAUCAGUAAAUUAUUUAUAUUAGGAGUAUAAUUAGAAAUAGGAAUAUUUAUUUUUGUUAAAUGACAUAAAAACGAACAUGUACUUUAAAUUAAAAAUGGACAUUAUUUAUUUGACAAAUUAUUUCCAAUUGAUUUUAUUUUCAGUGAAAAUUUUAUAAAGAAAAAAUUAAUAAAUAAAUAAACUACAAAAUUAA